GCCGCCGAAACGAAAGCGAAAGGCGGCAGCGGCCGCGGGAUCCCCGAUAGCGGGAACCGAGCAGGGCAGGGCAGGGCUCCCCGGGGCUCCGGUCACUGCUGCCGGCAGGACCGCGGGGAUGGAUUCGGAGGAGAACUCUUUCAUCCGGCUGCCCCCCGAGGAGGCGCCGCUGAACGAUGGCUCCGAGAGCCCCGAGAAGCUCCGGAGGGAGAUCGAGCGGUGCAAGGAGAUUUACAGUGUUCUGGAGCAAGACCAUGCAAAGCUAAAAGCAGCCAAGGAAGCUGCAGAGCAAAGGACACGAGAGCUGAAGAAAGAAGGAGAACUUCAUAACAUUUUUGAGCAACAACUGUCUUUAAAUGGAGAAGAAGAAAGAGCCCGCCAGAUUUUUGCAUUAAAGGAGGAGAACAACAGGCUGUGGCAGGAGAAGCAGGUUCUGAAAAAUAAACUGGAAGAAUUGAAGAAGAGGGUCCUCUGGAAUGAUCCUCUGAUGGUGCUGCGUACCUUGCCAGAAAAGAAAAUGAUCUUUAAGGGACUCACAGUAAACAAGGAGCACAUGAACAGUCUGAUGCUCACCCCACUGGUCCACUACCCUCUGCCAGGGGGCUCAGCUCUCAUCACCUUUGAGGAGGCAAAGGUGGCCCAGAGGAUCAUAGAGAUGAGGGAGCACACGGUGGAGCUGAACUGUGGGGAGCUGGAGGAGCUCGACCAGUGCAGGUUGCGAGUGCAGGCAGCGCCAGUGGACAUUCUGCUGCCAUCUGCCCUGGAGAUCAGGCUGACUCAGAGCCGCAGGAGCAUCCUUGUGUCUGACUUGCCCAGCCUGGACACCUCCAAGGAAGCACUGCUGGACAAGCUAGAGCUCUUCUUCAGCAAGAGGAAGAAUGGGGGCAGUGAGGUGGAGAGCAGGGAGUUCCUGGAGGACACUGACCAGGUGGUGCUGACCUUCACAGAGGAUGGAGUGGCAGAGCUGCUCAUUGAAAGAGGACAUAUCCAGAUGCCCAUUGGGAAAGGGAAAUACAAAGUCAAAAUAUCACCAUGCAUGAGUGGAGACAUCUCUAACCUGCAGCUCCAGCCCUCCCGCUGCCCCAGGACCGUCCUGCUCUUGGGCAUCCCCGAUGUGCUGAGUGAGGAGUCCAUGCGAGACGCGCUGGAGAUCCACUUCCAGAAGGCCAGCCGCGGCGGCGGGGAGGUGGAUGCGCUCGCCUACGUCCCCGCGGGCCGGACGGGGGUGGCCGUGUUCGUGGAGGACAGGGGCUAGUGCCGGCCAGCCGCGGGCUAGUGCCGGCCAGCCGCGGGCUAGUGCCGG